GACAUAAGACAAUCGAGAUGUCAGUCGUAUUGACAAUAGUAUCGUAUUCUUGUGGUAUACUUUUGGACGCAUUCCUCAUAUUCUUCGCGUUGUUUCAAAUCAUAUCGUUUGAUGAGCUGAGGGCUGACUACAGGAAUCCCAUCGAUCUCUGCAAACAACUCAAUCCACUGGUUUUGCCCGAAUAUCUGAUCCAUUCGGUGAUCACCGCUCUGUUCCUCAUCUCUGGCCAAUGGUUUUCGCUGUUGAUAAACGUGCCGCUCGUCGUGUAUCACAUCCAGCGAUACCGUAAUAGACCGCUGAUGACUGAUCCGGGUGUGUACGACCCGACCACCAUCAUGUACGCCAAACAACAGUGGUUGACCAAUCGGGAGGCGUGGAUCAGAUUGGCCUUCUAUUUGACCACAUUCUUCUACUAUCUCGUGGCUCUCAUUUAUGUCUUAAUACACAACUUUUAG